UCACGCUUGCCGUCCGGGAGUUUUUGCAUUCGUUUUCAACAUGCAAAAGUCCAUAACGUCAUUUUUUAAGCCUAAGUGUGAUGUUCCGGAAAAACAGAAGCAGGGCAAAGAAAAGAGUAAGACUGAGGACACUACUAUUGAAAACAAACUGCCCUUGAGCACGCCCCAUGCCACAAUCUGCAAAGCUGAAAGCAAAGAAGUCAAAGAUGUAAAAACCGAAGAUGAAGAAAAUGAGCCGAUGCCAAUGCAGUUGCCGUUGAAAGAAACGGGAACAGCGGAGCCGACUCGGAAAACAACUAUUGGUCUUAUUUCCACAGACUCUAAGUUUCCAGAUGGAGCAGAUAUCUAUGACCCUUCGAGUGAGAUGUACCACCCUCUGAACGACGCCUAUUGGAAGGCCAAGGGCGUAACACCCUAUUUGGCACUUGCGCGCACAUUUCAAGUCAUUGAGGAGACAAAGGGACGCUUAAAGAUGAUCGACACUUUAAGCAACUUUUUCUGUUCGGUAAUGCUAGUUAGUCCGGUCGAUUUGUUGCCUUGCGUAUAUCUAAGUAUUAACCAAUUAGCACCCGCCUAUGAAGGUCUAGAGCUUGGUGUUGCCGAAACUACUCUUAUGAAAGCAAUUUGUAAGGCAACUGGACGCAAUUUGGCACACAUCAAAUCUCAAACUCAUAUCACUGGCGACCUCGGUAUAGUGGCGGAGCAAUCCCGAAUGUCUCAGCGCAUGAUGUUCCAGCCGGCACAAUUAACUGUCCGUGGCGUUUAUAGCAAACUUAAGGAAAUAGCUGGAAUAUCGGGGCAAUCUAAGAUUACACAUAUCUAUGAUGUAUUUGUGGCCUGUCGCUUAUCAGAGGCGCGAUUUUUCAUCCGAUCUCUACUAGGCAAAUUGCGUAUUGGCAUCGCUGAACUGAGUCUUUUGACCGCACUAGCUAUCGCGCUUGUCAAACGAAAUCGUCUUUCUGAUUGCAAGACUAACAAAGUUUGUGACAUAUACAAGGACGAAAUAGCAAACACAACGUUGUUGCUUAAAACUACCUUUUGUCAGUGUCCCAACUACGACAUAAUUAUUCCAGCUAUUUUGAAGUAUAACAUUGAAGAUUUGCACAAACAUUGCCCUAUGCAUCCGGGAAUGCCACUUAAGCCAAUGCUCGCGCAGCCUACAAAAGGUGUGCAUGAAGUUCUGGAACGUUUUAGCGGCAUGCACAUCACCUGCGAGUGGAAAUAUGAUGGCGAGAGAGCCCAAAUCCAUUUAAACGACAAAGGUGAAAUCAGUAUUUUUUCGCGCAACUCUGAGAACAACACGGAAAAAUAUCCAGAUCUUAUAGCAAGAAGCAAGAACGUUUUGAAAACUGCUGUGCAGUCGUACAUUUUAGACAGUGAAAUAGUCGCUUGGGAUGUGGAGCGGAAGCAAAUUCUGCCAUUCCAAGUGCUGAGCACACGAAAGCGAAAAAACGUCGAUAUUGAAGAAAUUAAGGUUCAAGUAUGCGUUUAUAUAUUCGACCUUCUUUAUAUCAAUGGGGCAGCUCUAGUUACAAAGCCUCUUUCCGAGCGUCGAAAAUUGUUGUUGGAAAACUUUCAAGAAGUCGAGGGGGAAUGGCGGUUUGCUACAGCCCUCGACACCAAUGAUAUGGAUGAGGUGCAACAAUUUUUGGAAGAAUCUAUCAAAGGUAACUGCGAGGGACUGAUGGUAAAAACAUUAGAUACUGAAGCCACAUAUGAAAUAGCAAAGAGAUCGCGUAAUUGGUUAAAGUUAAAGAAAGAUUACUUAUCAAACGUUGGCGAUUCGUUAGAUCUUGUUGUCAUCGGGGGAUAUAAGGGCAAGGGUCGGCGAACUGGAGCGUACGGUGGCUUUUUGUUGGCUUGUUAUGAUACAGAUAACGAAGAAUACCAGAGCAUCUGUAAAAUUGGCACAGGUUUUACUGAUGAUGAUUUGAAAGCUCACUCUGAAUUUUUGAGCAAGCAUGUAAUCAGCGGCCCGAAAUCGUACUUCAGGUACGACUCCAGCGUGGAGCCCGACGUAUGGUUUGAGCCUGUACAAGUGUGGGAAGUGAAAUGCGCGGACCUCUCGCUAAGUCCAGUGCACAGAGCGGCAAUUGGCAUCGUGGACAGCGAGCGUGGAAUUUCGCUGCGCUUCCCUCGAUUUAUACGCAUUCGUGAGGAUAAGAGCGCCGAAAAUGCUACUGAUGCCACUCAAGUGGCACACAUGUAUCAGUCGCAGGACCAAGUCAAAAACAAUCAAAAAAUGAGCGAUCCAAUGGACAUUGAAAACGAUUUUUACUGAAAUGUAUAUACACCACAAAACCAUUUAAUUUCCCUUUAUAUUGAAUUAAAGGUAGGCUAAAUUAUUAAAUUCAAAUCAUUUUUCGUAAGUUCAUAAAAACAUAUAUGUAGAAAGCGGUAAUUUACUCAACAAUAGAUUUAUUUUUGGCUCACAUAAAUACAAA